AACGGAUUACACCCUGUACAGAGAAUGAGUUGCGGUGGAAUUGUGGACAAUUUUGUCGGAACAAGUUAACGUGAAUGAACGAAUUAUUUUACAAACUUCUGUUUCCGUGAACGAGUAGAUGUGACGAGAAUUUGGAAGAAAGUUAAACCGUGAAGAUAUCACGCGGUGAGGAAAGAAAGGAGGAAAGAAUAGAAUUUUAUUCAAGAAGCGCUCUAAUGCGGGAAGUACAGGCUCGGUGAUUUCCGGAUGCAAUCGGUUGUUUCCGGCACGGCCGCCCUCCCGAACUAAAACCAUUCAUUCGAUGGAGAGCGAGAGGCGAAGGAUUGAACGGAGAACGGGAUAGGAAGGUGGUAGGUGGAAACGAGAGUUCCCGAGGAAGAAGGAUGGAGAAAGUGAGUGAGCGAGUGAAUGAGAGGCGAGCAGAGGAAAGAGUAAGAGGAAAGGAGAAGGAAAGCAGUGUGGCAGGGUAGAGAGGCAAAGAGAAUACAUGAGAGAGGUAGGCUCGGCCGAUUCGAGAAGGCUGGCAGGCUGCUGGUAGGCAAGAGUAAGAAAGCGAGGGAGCAUACUGGCUGGCAGAGGCAGACUGGCCGGCCGUGCGCUGUAGUUAACAGAACUGCUAGCAAAUCGGCAGCAGAUGUGGCCAGUUAGCUCUGUGCUGUGUUCUCGUUCGGAUCUCGGUGUUCCGUAUAUUUCGAUGACUGACUGAACCCGCAGUCGAUAGUAGCGACAUUAGCUAUCGAUUGUCGAGCGUGAUCCUCGUCGUCGCGACACAUAUCGAAAUUGAAAGAACGAUGCAAGAGUGAAUGCGAGAAAAAGCUAACAUAAUCAAUGACAAGUCGUGGCAAAGUGAAAACAAUUUAGUUUUGCGAAUAUAAUAUCGACGUAUAGCAUAGAGCAAGACGAAAUUGGAUAGGAUAAACGACAAGGGGAACAAUUACGGUCUAUCGAGAAGAAAAUCACAACGUAGAGAGAAGAGGAGAGAACAAAUCGAAUGGAACAGUCGGUCGCGCGCCAGCACCAAGAACGCAGUGACCGUCGUACCUGUCCGUCGGUGGCCGAAGACUUGUCCGAUCGAGACUCGGGAGUGAUGUGGCAACGUUGCUGGUGGCUCGCGAGUGGAGGAGUCAGUCGUUGCUCGGCUGUUCUAUCGUAGUCUGUGUCUGACAGUGCAGUGUCGCUGCCAAUAGAACCGCGAGGGCCCGUCAGGGCCCACGAACAACGCGAACAGCACCGCGAUAAACACCGCGGUCAAGAUGACAUAUUUAAGAAAAAUAAGAACGAAUUACAUCACGAGUAUCGAAGGGACAAUCAUACAAACACGUCGUUCUUCAUUGCUACGAUAGCGCAUGUUCACGUUGUUUAUUACCAUCAUAAAAUAGCUCGAGAGAAGAGAGAGUUUCAUGACUUGCGAGAGAGUAACAGUGUUUCGAAGCGUACAAUCGCUGUGUGACGCGCGUAUUCGUUGUAUAUACACAUCCGUUUCGAGUCGCUACAAGCGGGUUUUCUUCGAACCUUUGUAGAAGUUCCUAAAGUGCGUGCGUACGGUUUUACACGGCUGCUACUCGAAUGUCGAGAAACGAAUGAGUGCGUGAAUCGUGACAACAUCGUGUCGAAGUGUACAGAGAGUACUCAGAGAGAGAGUGAGAGAGAAUCCGUCUCUCUUUCUCUCGCAUCCCGUAGAGACCGUGGUCGGACUUUACGCCGUCGUACGCGCUUCUCCCCUCCCCCUUAAUAGACUGCUUCUUUCUCCCUCUCUCUCGCUGAAGGCCAAUUUAUCUAUCCCGUCGGCCGUACGUCUGUCUUAGUCUAUACCAUUCCUGUCUGUGCGCUGGCAGAGUUUUCACUGGCGCGACACGGCACGGCACGCGCGCACGGUACGACACGUAAACGAAACCGGCUGUCCAGGCGAAUCGGGAGUGUCAAAGAUCCGAAAAAUCACGGGCAUGGGAACAGUGUGUGCCAUGGACUGAAAAAUAGUGCGGGACCCGUUGUCUCGUGCUUACCGCCGUCCAAAGAAGAUCUUGCAUUUCAUCCGGUGCGUGCUUGUGUGUUCCUUUACACCAAAGGAGGAAGAGAGGUUAGGUUAGGCUAGGACUCGCGUCACCCCUGGCCACAGUCCGUCCUUGUCUCUCUUUCACUUGGUUCCCCUACCUCUCUUUCUCUGGCAUACAACGAAGAGGAACGCAGACACAAGAGUCCAGACCGAUUAUACACACAUACACACACACGCACGCACGCACACAUAUAUACGCAGGACAAUUGGGGAAAGAGGAGGAAAACACAAAUGCCGAUCGCCCGUGGAAUUCUGGUCGCUGGAACUGCGGCUCAUUGCUGGUCUUCCGCCGCUGGCAUGCUUCGAUUCCUCGCUAGACUUUCAGAUUUCGCGGAAGAGGAAGAAAAGGAAGAAGAAAGAUUCGGUCGCGGGAAUUAAGAAUCUUUCGUCCAAGAGUUUGCUCACGUUUGUCGAUUUGCAUCGAUCGAUCGGUUUCAAGUUCGAGUUUCCUCGUUUGACAAACACACAUUGGAUCUUUGUAGAUUAGUCGGCCAAGAUGGAAGAGUUUUUUACCUCAGGGAGGCGGCGGCACGUGCGCCGGAGCUGCGGGCCAGGUGGUGGAGCUCGUGCCGUUGAGGAAACGGAGGAGCAGGCGGCGGGGGUGGGAGGCUGCGUGGAAGGAGGGGCGGCCGAGGGUGGAAGGGGGACGAAGGGAGGAUGCGAGGCGGAGGUAGGAGGAGGGACGAGCGCGCUCGAGGAGGUUAGUUGCUCACCGGUGGCGGAUGGCGAGGUCUGCUGCGGCGACAGCAGUACCCUCAACUACCAUCACCGGCGUCAUCACCUCCACCGCGUACACCACCGUCGCAUGCACGCCCAUCGCCAGCAGCGGCAAAAGGCGGCGGAUCGAUGCCAGGAGCGAAGGGACGACGGUAGCGGCGGCGAGCUCCUCGUCGACGAGGGACCCGACGAUGGAUGCAAGCACCAGGCUGCCGCCCCCCCUCGCCGCCAGGACAUCCGCCGAGAGAUCCAUCGCCUCCGACGCCAUCACCACCGCCACUACCAGCACCACCACCACCACCACCACCACAACAACAACAACAACAACCAUCGUCGCCGCCGUCGUCAACACCACCUUCGCCACCAUCAUCGUUGCCGCCACCACCACCACCACCACCACCACCACCAUCACCACCACCACCACCACCAUCCCCAUCUCCACCACCGGCCCCGGGACGACAGACCCCCCUGCCAACGGGACCAGCAGUGCGUGGACCGCGUCCUGGGCCCUACCAGGGACGACCGCAACGCGGAUGCUACCGACGACAAAAACCCUGCCACCGUCACUGCCAUGACGAGGGGAUGCAGGAUCCCGCCCUACCUCGCCACGCUACUCAUCCUGUCUUACACUCUCUUCGGUAUAGCAGACGCCUGUUCAUCGCGGUCGACGCCGAAACCGCGGCCACCGACGCCGACGCCUCGACCGAAUAUCACAUUCCACAUGUACACGUGUCCACCGGAUUACGCGGAGUACUACUGCUUGAACGGUGCCACGUGUUUCACUGUCAAAAUCGUCGAUUCCCUCCUUUACAAUUGUUUAUGCGCCAACGGUUAUAUCGGGCAGAGAUGCGAGUUUAAGGAUUUAGAUGGUUCCUAUUUACCCUCCCGGCAACGUGUAAUGUUGGAGACGGCAAGCAUCGCCGGCGGUGCCACGAUAGCAGUAUUCCUGGUCGUUAUCAUUUGCAUAGCGGCUUACAUCCACUGUAAGCGAAAGCAAAAGGAAUUACGGUCGAGUAACUGCGUCGACACGGUGGAUGGUCCUGGCCGAGAUCCGGAGUUGAGGCCGUUUAGCAACCGUAGCCGCUCCCUCAUGAUCUUCAUGACCAAGAAUCCCAACAGCUCGGCGGCUAUAGAGCAAACGAGAAUGCCCGGAUGGAACUGCCCGGAAGCGGAGUCGAUGAGAAUGGCGUCGAUCAGCGAAGGGAAGCGUUCCAAUCAAUGAUAAAGGAUCCCGGUAGGUGUGGCUGAUAAUUCAACGACACGAACCCGUACGAGGCGUCCACCUCGCGGUGGAAGCGUGUGGAACAUCACCGAAACCGACGUCGUCGACGGAAGGGAAAAGAAAUCACCUUUUCUUCAAUCUUCAACCUCUGCUAUCUGUCUCCGUCCACGCUCUAUUAGAGAGGAAAUACAGGCAGAGAAAGAAAGAGGGAAAAAAUCCGUUGUGAAUUUUUUUCUUUCUCUUAUUUACACCAGCCUUUGUCGACGCUUCAUUUUCCCCGCAUGAAUUUAUCCGUUUCUGCCGAGAGAAGGAAAAGAUAAAAGGAGAGGAGAGGAAGAGGAGAGAGAGAAAGAAGGAAGAAGAAGAAGAAGAAGAAGAGGAGAAGGAGAAGGAGCCUCCUCCUCCUCCUCCUCCUCCUCGUGUUCGUUCACAAUCGGAGAAGGCCGAUAUAUUAUAUUAAAAGAAAAAGGAAAAAAAAGAAGAUCUCGUCGCACUCGCUGUAUAAAUCGAUACGUGGAUCGGGAUCCUCGGGAUCGAUGAUCAGAGGCAAGAUAGAUCUAGAAGAGCGUAGGAUUAACUGAGAAAAAGAAGUAACGUAGCUGGUAACUUUAAAUAGCUGGACCUGAACAGCUGGAAGAACAAAGGACAAGAAA